AUGGCUGCAACUUUGUACAGUCCCAUUGGCUACUGGCAUGUCACUCUGAGGGAGGAUUGCACGAGGGCAUGUUUCUUAAACUUUCGUCCAGAACCGUAUGAACAGCUGAUUAUGCGUGAUCAAGGUCUGUUUACUGAAAGAAAUAUAAGCUUUCAUAAAAUUCUCACUUUGUAUUCCGUUUCUGUUUCUACGAUACAAGUAUGGGCCAAAUUAUACAAGUGGGAUAUCUGUCCCGCAGAGUUCUUCCACAGCACGGACCUGGAUCGUCACAAAAGGACCCACACAGAUGAGAAGCCAUACAAGUGUGAUGUAUGCCCUGCAGAGUUCAGCCGGCACUGGAGCCUACGGGUUCAUAAGCGGACACACACGGGCGAGAAGCCAUACAAGUGUGAUGUCUGCCUUGCAGAGUUCAGCCAGAAGGGGAACCUACAGCACCACAAGCGGACGAACACAGGUGAGAAGCCAUACAAGUGCGAUGUCUGCCCUGCGGAGUUCAGACAGAGCCAGAGCCUACUGCAUCACAAGCAGACACACCCGGGUGAGAAGCCGUACAAGUGCAAGGUAUGUGCUGCAGCAUUCAGCCUGAAUGACUGCCUACAGCAUCACAAGCGGGCACACACGCGCGUGAAGCCAUACAAGUGCGAUGUCUGCCCUGCAGAGUUCAGCCGGCACGGGUACCUACUGGUUCAUAAGCGGACACACACGGGCGAGAAGCCAUACAAAUGUGAUGUCUGCCUUGCGGAGUUCAGCCAGAAGGGGAACCUACAGCACUACAAGAGGAUGCACACAGGCGAGAAGCUGUACAAAUGUGGUGCCUGCUCUGCAGGGUUCAGCGAGACCAGGUACCUUAAGCAUCACAAACGUACACACAUGGGCGAGCAGCCAUAG